GGUGCAACGAGGCGUGAUGCGGCGGUGACGUAGAUUGUGUCGGGGAUCUUUAAUCCUCUGCCGCAGCAGCACAGCCGGUAACCGGAGGAGGGGGUAGCACGGUCGGACAGGAAUGGACCGAACAGGCUAGGCUAGCCUACAGCAAGGCCGAAAUAGCUCGGUCUUUUAGGUAGAUGAAAAUAUCACCGAGGAAAAAGCGAGAUUUAGGAGCAGAACGAGCCGACUAAUCUGCACAGGCCGGACCCCCUCCUCUCUGCCGCUACCUGAAGCCGUUUCACUGACAUUCUGCUUUUAAAGAAACGGUGGUUGUAUUUAUUUUUAAAUCCAUGUAAUAGCUUUAUUUAAAAGGCACAUUUCGGUGUCGAUUGACCGGCAGACGGAUCAGACGCCUCGUCUUGUCGGUUUUCCUCCGCCCCGGUUCGCCCUUCAGCAGCGUCGCCGCGUCCGCGCUGUUCCUGUCAGCUGCUGCGCAUCAGCAAAACAUGCAGGAUGAGCCUGUGGGGGUGACAACCACGCAAUUACCCCCGUCAACCGACGAAAAGGACAGCAACAGCAGCACGGUCAGCAAAUCCGGAAACCGACCGAGCCAGAGCGACAGGCAGAGCUGCCAGCUGAGCUCAUUCAGUCCGGAUUAUAAACAGAACCGGGAGGCAGCCUACACCGACUUCAACCCAGAGCGUUUUAUCCCGACGCAGCAGCCUCUCUGUGACCUUCAGCACAACCGGAAAAUACAUCAGCAGUUCAGUCGGCACACCGGCUUUAGCCCCUCGGAGUCCCCCCCACCCCUGGGACACUUGAGUCACCUGCCCGAGCAGCGCGCUGCCGACCCCCGCGGCUCUCCAACGGAGGAGGCUGAAGCUGAUGCUGCGUCGCCAUCGCCCACUUCCGUGAAUCCAAACAGGCUCCAGAUGGACUCCCCCAUCGCCCACCAUAUCAACGGCAAUGGCAGCAGCACCGGCAACAUGUUGUCCGGAGGUCUCAGCGCCGCCUUCCCGAACCUCCCCACCCAGGAGCUGCAGACCAGCGGCGUAGGCGGCUCGUCCUCACCUUCCCUCCCCGGGUUCGGCACCCCCUGGUCCGUCCAGACCAGCUCCUCACCCCCUCCCGCACCCAUCAACCCCAUCCACGCCAACACCAUUAACCAGAUGCCCAACGCGGACUCUGACAACAGCUUCUACCCAGGUAUCCCCUCCUCCAUCAACCCGGCCUUCUUCCAGAGUUUCUCGCCGGUGUCAGCUAAUCCGUGCGCCGGGAUUAACGUGCAGGGCUUCAGCGGUCCUUUCUCGCCACAGAUCAACGUCCCUCAGCAGCCGCAGAGCCGCAGGUCCCCGGUCAGUCCGCAGAUGCACCCCCAGCAGGGAGCCUACCUGCAGCAAAGGAACAACUACAACCAACAUCAGCCAAUGGUGAAGCCCUCUCCAUGGGGCGGUCACCAGGGCAACGGCUGGGGCUCCGGGGGGAUGUCCUGGGGCCGGGACCACCGCAGAGGGAGUGGCAUGGGCGUACCUGGCUCGGUGAGUCACGUCUCCCCCCUGAAGAAGCCCUUCUCGGGCAACGUCAUCGCUCCUCCCAAGUUCCCACGCUCUGCAGGAUCACUGGGGCCUAAGUCUUGGCUCGAGGAGAACAUGUUCCGCACAGACAGCAACAGCAACACCUUGUUGCCCCUACAGGACCGGCCCAGAAUGUACGACAGUCUGAACAUGCACUCCCUGGAGAGCUCUCUGAUCGACAUCAUGCGAGCCGAGCAGGAUCCGAUGAAAGGCCGUGUGGGAUGCCCUAACCCCGGGGCUGACGGCCUGCUCAUGCUCAAUGCCAGGAGCUAUGGGAGACGUCGAGGCCGCUCCUCGCUCUUCCCCAUUGAUGACCAUCUCCUCGACGACGGCCACGGCAACCAGGGUGUCCCAGGAGUCCUCGGCUCCCCUAACUGUUACCCCCACCAAAACGGGGAGCGCAUCGAGCGCUUCUCUCGUAAGGUGUUUGUGGGAGGUUUGCCCCCUGACAUAGAUGAAGAUGAAAUAACCUCAAGCUUUCGUCGCUUCGGUCACCUGGUGGUGGACUGGCCUCAUAAAGCAGAGAGCAAAUCCUACUUUCCACCCAAAGGCUAUGCGUUCCUGCUGUUCCAGGAGGAGACGUCUGUGCAGGCUCUGAUUGAAGCCUGCAUGGAGGAGGACGGGAAGCUCUACCUGUGUGUCUCCAGUCCCACCAUCAAGGAUAAACCUGUGCAAAUUCGACCCUGGAACCUGAGCGACAGUGACUUUGUGAUGGACGGAUCUCAGCCCCUUGAUCCCCGCAAGACCAUCUUUGUGGGAGGCGUCCCUCGCCCCCUGAGAGCAAUUGAGCUGGCCAUGAUUAUGGAUCGUCUGUAUGGUGGAGUGUGCUACGCAGGAAUUGACACAGAUCCAGAACUGAAGUAUCCCAAGGGGGCGGGGCGAGUGGCCUUCUCCAAUCAGCAGAGUUACAUCGCUGCCAUCAGCGCCAGAUUCGUCCAGCUGCAGCACGGAGACAUUGACAAGCGGGUGGAGGUGAAGCCCUACGUCCUGGAUGAUCAGCUGUGUGACGAAUGUCAGGGUGCACGCUGCGGGGGGAAGUUUGCUCCCUUCUUCUGCGCUAACGUCACCUGUCUGCAGUACUACUGUGAGUUCUGCUGGGCCAACAUCCACUCCCGCGCCGGACGAGAGUUUCACAAGCCGCUGGUCAAAGAGGGAGCCGACCGCCCGCGUCAGAUCCACUUCCGCUGGAACUGAAGACCGCGGUCGAAGACACAGUCCGAGGGAAGGGAAAAAGAAACACUGGCUAAACAGGAAGAGCAUCGCUCUGCCUCUCCCGCUCUCCUAAGCUAUCAGUAUAAUCCAGUACGUAACACUAUACAGUAUAUACUAUAUAUAUCGAUAUAUCUUUUGUAGCAGCCAAACACCACAAGCCUCAGUUUUUCACCAAAACCCCCCGUCACAUCUCAGGCUCUGACAACUCUACAACUCUUUUGUGGUACUUUCAUCUUUUCUAAGAGGAGAUUUAAAAAAAAAAAAAAAAAAGAGAUUGAUUUUUGUAGGUUUUUUUAUUAUUAUUAUUUUUGUAUGUAAGAUUUGAAGUAGAUAUGGGAAUGUUUUUUGCAUGGGGGCAGCUCGUCUGUCUGUUUGUCUGCUGCUAUAGCCACCCCACAGUGCGUGCAGUGCACACUUGUUUCUUGGGAAAAACCUUGAUUCUCUAAACGUUGACGCCUGCCCCAGGUCAUUAACCAAAGGUAGCAACAAAAAUAGCAUAAAAAUUGACACGUUUUUCUGCCGCAAAACAAACGGUUGUUUUUUAACGUUGCCAUGGGCUCUUUCUUCUUUUUCGAGGGUUUAUUAUUAAAGAAAGAUGAUAGGGUGAUUUCUGCGCUCGUACUGACCCCAUUGAGUGAUACCUCAAAACACUGAAUCUGGUUUCAGCAACAUUUAUACCUAACAAGCUAUUUUAGAAGCUUUGCUGCUAUAUAUGAAUAUAUAUAUGAAUCAUUGUGUAGGUAUUAUAUUUAAUGCCAUUUAUAAACCAGAAAUCAUGUGAAAUGAAAUGCAGUAUGCACUCAACCACUAAUGGCCCCCAUUGCCAUGGAAGGUGCAUGUGAUGACAAUAGGUUAGCUACACAAAUAGCAUGCAGGAUAGAUGUGUGAGAGAGAAACAAUUUAACCACUGAAAUCAUAAAAUUAAUUAAAUUUAGUGAGUAGCAUGACCAUGUAUUCAAAAAUUGCCUACGAGGGAAAAAAUCGGACAAAUAAGUAAAAAAAAAAAAAAAGAACUAUUUAAACUUGCAUGCAUUGAUGUUUAUCCGUUGUUUGAUCCGUUUACAUACUUAACGAUUAAAAAAAAAAAAGUGAUAUUGGUUCUACUGUAGACUUAGCAGACGCCAUCUUUCUGUAACGUGAUGGCUCGUAUGGCAAAAAAAAAUCCUGUCGACAAGCAGAGUGGUGUUCAGUGGUUUGUGUUUGUGUCGUCCCCCCCCCCCCUCCCCUCCCCCGUGCUGUGUGACUGUUUUUUAUCUUUAGACUGAGGCUCUAGUUUAGUAACCGACUGAUGACGUCGUAGAGAAUUCAAAACACCAUAAUGACUCUGCCUUCAACCCUUUCCUGUCUCUGUAUAGUUCCAAAGAUUCAAUCUGAUGUAGCGUUGCCCCGGCUGGACAGGUUCAAACUAAAGACUUGAUCAGGUCGAAAAAGGAAAGGGAGAUUGUUUUAAAACUUGGGCACAAUUUUUUCAUACGUUGGGCUUUAAAUGUCUAAAGGUUCAAAAUGGAGUUGCUCCAAUAGAUCGCUUUAGCUCACAGUCGUAACACUGGCUGUAAUUGUUCAACUGAAUCCUUGCAUGCAGUUGAAGUGUGUCCACUCAAAGUUUCUGUUUCUGCCACCUUCUUCUAAGUUUCUGACAGCAUGAUAUAAAGGAUCCCUUCAGAGAUAGACCUUUAUUGAAUAAUGUUUUUAAAACACAGAAACAGACGCUACAUUGUUCUCUUCAAAUCAACCACACUCCAUUGACAAAAAGUAGUAACUCAGGAGGUGCUGGUCUACUGCUGCCUCUGUCUUUGUGUGUCAGUGUGUGUCAUUGUGCGUUAUUGUGUAGUAUCGGCUCUUACAAUUUAAACACCAAAAGACACACAACAAUAACACGGACAAACUGACUAAGUUUAGGCAGCAGCAGUUCAGCAAGUUGUACAAAUUGAAAUGAGUGGUUUUGUCAAGGAAGUCUGGUGGCUUUUAAAGUGAACAAUGUGGCAGCUGUCAUUCCAUGAGAUCCCAUUUUAUUAUAUCACAAAAUAUUCAGUCUCUGUUGGGAACAUUUCCAUCAUUUUGUUAGUCACUUAGAAUACCAGUGUGAGUCUGUCAGUGACUUAAACGAGCCCUUUCAGUGGAUGUACUUUGGUCUGUCAUUAAAGCCUGUUUUGCUGCUGUCGAGUCAUUUAGACCUCAAACACACAAAAUAGAGCCCGAGUUAGGAAUUCCCAAUUCCCUGAACUGCUUAUUCUUUAAAGACUGGUUGAUGGAGUCCAGGGAAACUCGACUAGAGUUCACCUACUGAACGACCUGAAUAUCAAUGACACUUAAUAUAAAACUCUUCUUUUUUUUCUUUGUAUCGUUUGUCUGUUGGAUUUUCACCCUUGAACUUCUCUUAAAAAAAACUUUUUAGGGACAAUCUUUUUUGUGCGGACGGUGACCCAGCCGUCCGUUUGGUACUGUAAACGUGCGUCGCUCUCGUGUCGUGGUGGUGUUUGUGCUCCACGGCGCCCCCCGCUGUGUGCUCCUCCGUGUCGAUGUUCGGGCGUCAAAGUGUACUGUUACAAAAAACCUUAAUGAAACUUAUUUACUUAAUAGUUGAGUCCAAUUCGUCUGUGUCAACUACUUACCCAUCACUGGCCCUACAGUAUGUUUUUUAUAAUAUAUAUUAUGCACUACUUUUCUAUAUGCCCCCCCCCCCCUCCCGUUUUAACUCCUUAUCCACCCCCCCUAAGUGAUUUCAGUGCAGAAGCCUCCACCUAUUUAUAAUUCUACAGAUGAUUUAUUAAAUUUUUAUUUUUUCAUGAUUACUUAUUUAAGAUGUAGCGUGAAGCAGUGGUCUUAAUUUAUCUAUAUAUUCUGUAUGAGUAGAGCAGGAAUCCAAUAUGUUCUAAUAUAUUCUGAUGUAGUCUGGAUGUUGUGAGGACGGGGAGUCAGAGCGUGGAGAUUACACACCCAGCUCCCGUCGUCCCCCCUCCCCUCCCCUCCCCCCCUGUGGCUUUACGUUCUCAUGAUGCGAACAUGUUUGAAUAUCGUCACCUGUAACACUUGACUCGUGCUGUUUUAUUGUGAGGUUCUAUUUUCUAUGUUGAACACUGUUACUUUGUCCUGUGCGUGUCUUUGUUUUUGUAAAAAUCAUAUUUAUUUCACUAUUUUUGUAGACAAAAAAAAACAACUAUUUGAUUUUGAUUGUAUUUUUCUAUUUAAAUAGGACUAUUAUACAAUUUAUUCCCCCCCCCCCCCCCCCCCCCUUCUUGUGCUAAUUACGCCCAAAAGUUCUGUUGGAAGACAAAGAGUCCCGUCAUAAACAUCAAAGUUUUUGAUAUCUUCUUCUUUUGAUACACACUGAUGACACAUUUCAUUUGAAGGAAGGAAACAUGAAGGUUUUAUUCUAUUCUUGGAAGACACUUGAGAUUCUCCCCUGUUGCAUCGAGGCCUCGGCUGCCUGUCCUCGUAGAUGCUCUGAAACUUGAAUAUAACACAUUUUGAAAGGCUGACUAACCUCGAAUCUGUGUUGUGAUGUGCAAUACUGUUUCUAAUGUUUGUAUAAAAGUAAGAACUACAGUGUAAACCUUUUUAAUGCAGAUUUAUUUUUUUCAUUGCAUAUUUUGCAGAUUUCUGAUCCACAGUGUCAUUUUUUACUGUCAGAAAAAUAAAACCCCGUUUUUUCAUUGCAACUAUUUUUAAAUCCAGAUAUCUUUGUACUGAUGUAAAUGAUUGUAGUUAUUUUGGAUAGUGUUUUGCUAACAAAAGGAGAGACUUUUUCAUGCAUAUUUCUAUUUCAUUUCAUCUUGUUUUAUCCCACCUUUUGUUUCAUUUAAUAGUAGCAGAUUUUCUUGGAAUAAUUUGUUUUCAUAUUUAAAUGUCAUUGGUAUUAUUUUGUAUUUUUAUGUGGAAAUACACUAUAUAUAAAUUUAAAAUGCUAAUUGCUAAGAUAUUAUUUGAAGUUUAAUUAUUUUUAAAGCUAAAUAUUUGUAAUUUUAUUGUUAAAGUGACUAAUUUCUAAAUCAGAGUUUGUGUAUAGAUUCACAAAAAAAGUGGUUUAUGAGGUGUUUGGAUUGUAAUUAUUACUGAAUGGUUCUUUGAUAUGCAAAUGAAUAUCAUGUUUAUUUUUAUUUUUGUUGGUUUUGUAUUUAAAUGGGGUGUUGAUUACAAUCUUUUUUUUUUCUUUCACUUCCUGAAUAAAGACCCAUUCUGUUUGGACACAA